AUGUCUUCCCAGCUCUACUUCCCCCGCAUCUACUCCCUCACCUCUGUCGACCAUACUCGGUCCGUCUAUGACGAGUGGGCAAAGACGUACAACGAAGAACUCAACCAGAAGAACCAAGACUACAUCGCCCCAGCAACAGCAGCCGCCCUUGUCCCCCAAGUCCUGGGGACCGCCACCAUCGACAAGGACAUUGAGAUCCUGGACGCCGGCUGCGGCACCGGCCUCGUCGGAUCCUUCCUCGCCCGUCUCGGCGCGAAGAAGAUUGACGGGGUCGACCUCAGCCCCGGGAUGCUCGAGGAGGCCCGGCUUACCGAGGCCUACCGCGCCCUGGACGUGACAGACCUCUCGCGGCCUCUCUCCGCCCGAGAUGAUUCCUAUGACGUCGUGACCUGUGUUGGCACAUUGACGCAGUCCCAUGUCGGACCCGAGGCCAUCAGUGAAUUCGUGCGUGUUGUGAGGCCAGGCGGCCACAUCGUCGCCACCGUCAUCUCCGAGAUCUGGGAGAGCGGCGGAUAUGAGGGCCACGUGAAGAACCUCGCCGACCAGGCCAAGAUCAAGGUCUUGUCCACCGAGGUCCGAGACUACCGGAGAGGAGCAGGAGCCAAGGCCCGGUACUUGGUGUUGCAAGUUGUCUGA